GGGAGGGCCGGGAGCGGCGAGCCAGAGAUCUCUUGGCCAACCAGAGGGCUGGAGCGGGGCCCGGAAAGGCGGGAUCCGGUGUGACUUCAGGAGACACUGUUGCAGCAGGCAAGAUGAGUGAUAAACCAGACUUGUCCGAAGUGGAGAAGUUUGACAAGUCAAAACUGAAGAAAACUAAUACUGAAGAAAAAAAUACUCUUCCCUCCAAGGAAACUAUCCAGCAGGAGAAAGAAUGUGUUCAAACAUCAUAAAAUGGAGACCUCCUCCCAAGAGAAAAUUUCAACGUUGCUUGAGUGUCUUGUUUUAUAGGCUUGAGCUUUGUAAACCUAUGUGUUUGUAGAGAUUUUAGGCGUUUUCUGAUGUCUUCUCAUCCACUCUCUGGCUAAGAGGUCAGAGGUAGCCAAUGCUCCAUUACCUUUGUUUUUAAACUUCCCAUUGGUAUAUAAAUUCCACAUGGCAAAUGAUCUCACCACGGAAGAUCUUUGGGUGUGUAGUCCUUGCCCUCCCUACGGGGUAAGCCAUUUUUAACCUUCUCCAAUGGGCACCUCCAUUACUCUAUAAUCUUCAUGAAGUUCCAUGUUUUUUCUGCUUCUCACAACUUAUUUUCAUUUCUAAUGUAGCAGUAAAAUUAUAAAAUCAGUA